GUUAAAUGUAGAUUGGUCAGGACAACCUAUAUUUGCAGCGCCUUAGAGACCCGCUUGACAUAAACCAGAGAACCCUUGCGACCAAGGCGUUUGGCAAACGUGACGCUCCCUGGCCCGGACUGUCCGCUUUCGGAAACCUCUCUUGAGCUCUUAGUUGCGUCAGCCUCGAGCCCGGGGGCGCCAGGGCGAGCGGGCUGGGCCCCGGACUUGGCGCCGCAGCUGACAGAUGGCGGACCGCAAGCCUAUCGAGCUGGCAGAAGGAUGGAGCUUUAUGGAGAAAGGCAUCCAGAAGCUCAUCCGCUUGCUGGAGGGAGAGCCAGAGGACCAAUUUAACGCGGAGCAGUAUAUGCACCUGUACACGACUAUCUACAACAUGUGCACCCAGAAGCCGCCGCACGACUAUUCGGAGCAGCUGUACAGCAAGUACAGGGACGCGUUCAACAAGUACAUAAACGAGAAGGUGCUGCCCUCUCUGCGCGAGCACCGCGACGAGGUGCUGCUUAAGGAGCUGUACCAGCGCUGGGGCAACCACAAGCUCAUGGUGCGCUGGCUGUCGCGCUUCUUCAACUACCUGGACCGGUACUACGUGCUGCGCCACUCUCUGCACCCGCUCAAGGACGUGGGCCUGCUGUGCUUCAAGGACCUGGUGUACGUGGAGAUCAAGAAGCGCACCAAGGACGGCGUGCUGCUGCUGGUGGAGAAGGAGCGCGAGGGCGAGCUGGUGGACCGCGCGCUGGUCAAGAACAUCCUGGGCAUCUUUAUCGAGCUGGGCAUGAGCAACAUGGACUGCUACGAGAAGGACUUUGAGGAGUACCUGCUCACCGAGACGUCCGCGUUCUAUCGCCGCAAGGCCUCGCAGUGGAUUGAGCAGGACUCGUGCCCCGACUACAUGCUCAAGGCGGAGGAGUGCCUGCGCCUGGAGGAGGAGCGCGUGGACAACUACCUACACGCCACCACGCGCAACAAGCUGCUCAAGGAGGUGGAGACGGAGCUGCUGUCCAACUACGAGACGCGGCUGCUGACCAAGGAGCACAGCGGCUGCGCGGCGCUGCUGCGGGACGACAAGACGGAGGACCUGGCUCGCAUGUACCGCCUGUUCCAGCGCAUCCCCAAGGGCCUGGACCCGGUAGCCGACAUCUUCAAGGAGCACGUGGACAGCGAAGGCAUGAAGCUGGUCAAGGAGGUGACAGAGGCGGUGGAGCUGGCGAAGGAGAAGCAGGCCAAGACCGGUCCCAGCCGCGACACCGGCACCAGCGCGGAGCAGCAGUACGUGCGCGCCGUCAUCGACCUGCAUGACAAGUACCUGCAGUACGUGUCCACCUGCUUCUGCAACUCGUCGCUGUUCCACAAGAGCCUGAAGGAGGCGUUUGAGAACUUCGUAAACAAGUCGGUGGCGGGUAGCACCAGUGCCGAGCUCAUGGCGUCCUUCUGCGACAACCUUCUCAAAAAGGGUGGCAGCGAGAAGCUGUCGGACGAGGCCAUCGAGGAGACGCUGGAGAAGGUGGUCAAGCUGCUGGCGUACGUGAGCGACAAAGACAUGUUUGCGGAGUUCUACCGCAAGAAGCUGUCUCGGCGGCUGCUGCAGGACAAGUCCGCCAGUGACGACCACGAGCGCUCGCUGCUGUCGCGCCUCAAGCAGCAGUGCGGCGCGCAGUUCACGUCCAAGAUGGAGGGCAUGGUGACAGACCUGCAGCUGGCCAAGGAGAAGCAGCAGCACUUCGACGACUGGCUCAAGGAGAAGGGCAGCAAGCUUCCCAUUGACCUGUCCGUGACGGUGCUGACCACGGGCUUCUGGCCUACCUACAAGUCCAUCGACGUGGCACUGCCGCGCGAGAUGGUGGAGGGCGUGGAGGUGUACCGCUCCUACUACGACUCCGACUCCAAGCACCGCAAGCUGACGUGGAUCUACACGCUGGGCACAGCGGUGCUGCGGGGCAACUUCGACUCCAAGCCCAUCGAGAUGCAGAUGAACACGCUGCAGGCGGCGCUGUGCAUGCUGCUCAACGACGUGGACGAGCUGAGCUACGGCGAGAUCCAGGAGCGGCUGCGCCUGCCCGAUGACGACCUGCAGCGCCUGCUGCACUCGCUGGUCUGCGCCAAAUACAAGAUCAUUAAGAAGGAUCCGGACGGCAAGUCCAUUGGCAAGUCAGACAAGUUCGCGUUCAACAACCGCUUCACUGACAAAAUGCGCCGCAUCAAGAUCCCUUUGCCGCCUCUGGACGAGAAGAAGAAGGUGAUGGAGGAUGUGGACAAGGACCGCCGCUACGCCAUCGACGCCGCCAUCGUGCGCAUCAUGAAGAGCCGUAAGGUGCUUCAGCACCAGACGCUGGUGAUGGAGGUGAUCCAGCAGCUGCAGCGCAUGUUCAAGCCCGACCUCAAGCUGAUCAAGAAGCGCAUCGAGGACCUCAUCCAGCGCGAGUACCUGGAGCGCGACAAGGACAACCCGACCCUGUUCAAGUACCUGGCCUAGCUGCACAGAGUGCUGUGGGCUGGAGGAGCUGGGUCUCGCAUUGUAGGUGCAGGGGCCCCAGAACGGGGGCGAAACGGUGCGGGGGGACAGGGUAUUAGGGGCGUACAGGGGUGGACAGUGGGAGACGCGAGGAUGAAGGCGGAACACCAGCGCGAGGUUGAGGACCGGUUGAGGUGCAGUGGAAGUUGCAGGACGUGUCGUGUGCAGGCGUGCUGGGUUGCUAGUUAUUUGGCCCUGGGCCUGCGGGCGUGUGCUGGCAGGCUGGCUCAAGACAUGCCAAGAAGAUGCGUGUGCAAGGGUGCGUCACGCAACUGUGUCGUGCGGAGUCGCAACACAUUGCAGGUUGUGUAGUGCUGUUUAGGUAUAUGCGUGUAAAUUCUAGGCCAAAUGGACGCUGGACGCAUGCCUGCAGAUGCGCUGCGCCUCUGCUUCAUAAGGGUGGCAUUGCGGUCUGUUAGAAAACACGAGAUAGGGGUCACGAAAACUGUGCGUUAUGCAAUGCUUGAGCGGUCGCGCUCGCGGGAGUUGCGGUGUGUGUGUGUGUGUGUGUGUGUCUGGCGCUCUCGCCUGGCCGGGUGCUCGGGGCGUGAGGAAUGCGCGUCAGCCAACUACCAGCCUGCUGGCAAGUCAGCAAUGACUCGGGUGCAGUAACUCCAGCGUUAUACCAGCCGCGCAAUCGUGCCUUGACGUUGCACAUUGACUGCUGGGCCGUUGGGGUCUGGGAAACCGCUGCACACUAAAAGGCUACGCUAACCUGCACCUUACCCUGUCCAGGCCAGGCCAUGUCGCUUUUGGUGGGAUGGGCAGGCGGGACCAGCCAGCACCCCAUCGGGGGCAUACAGAUACUAUGGGGUGACGAGGAGAUGUCAGACGGCCAGGGGGGGGGGAGAUAGGAAACUAAGUGCCAGACCCCAUGCCCCAAAAUCCCCUGGAACCCCUUGAGGGGACGACAGACCCCCACCGGACGUAUCUUGUUACUUAGGGGGGUAAACGCCUUCCUCAUAAUGCCAAAGUGGUGCCAAUCGACUUCUCUUGACGAGCGCUAUCACGUUCUCGGACUUGAGUCACACGCGGGAUCCUAUGCCUGUAAGUCCCGUCGACCCUGCCCUCGCCGCGUGCAACUCUCUUCCAUGUAAUGUAUGGACAAC